AUGCUAGCGUUUUCAGUCUCAAUAUUAUCUGCUUCUGAACCAAAAAUCCUCGGUGUGGCCGCUGGGUUGAAAGUAAAACCAUUUGGUUCAAUCAAAUCACCAGAACCAACGUCCUCGCAAAUAAAUUCCCUUUUCCUUUUCUGUUUCGGUACAACAAACCCUUCGGUUCCACUUCCUCUCGCAUUCAAACCAUCCAAGCGACUUUCCACCAAGGAAUGGCAGAGCGGUAUAAGUAAAUCAAUCAGUUCGCCCUUGACGGGAGGAAAUGUGACUGGAGAAGUAGAUGAGAAUGGGGAAUGCAUCUGCAAGGUCUUCCUGCCAGACACAACUUUCCCUGCCAACAGAAUAGAAAAUCUGGAACACACUUCCACGGAGCUUACCAAAAAAAUAGAAGUUGAAGUGACAAAGCUGCACAAUUAUGAAUUGAUUCUGAAGGAGUAUAGCCAGAAGCUAGUAAACCUGACUGUGCGGGUUGAUCACAUGGAACAAAACACUGACAAGUACACUCAGCUUGACUUUGAGCUGAUUCGAAUUGAACUGCGAGAAAUGGAGAUCCUAAUCAGCCAGCUGAAAGGUUCUACUGAGACCGAUUCUGAAAUUCUUAACAUACUACAUGAAGAGGUUAAAAAUCUGACUACUAUUGUCAACGAAAUGGAAUCUUACGAUACAAACAAUGUACUCCUUAUCAGAAAACAAAUAAAGGAACUGCAGCACCGACUGGAAGAUUGCCACUCAAAGCUGAAUGAGACAAUACCCCCUGAAACUGAUUUUGGCUCAUGUAAUCACAGAGGCAUUAAAAGUUUCAGUCAGCCAUUUAUUGUGCAGCUCAAUUACCAUGGUGCAGCUUACAUUGACGGUGCAUGGGGCAAAGACCCAUAUCCAGUUACAGGCAGGGAGAAUCUGCACUGGGUAACUCCAGUAUCAUCCAAUGCUGCACUUCAGGCAUACCUCUUUGCAUCAAGCUAUGAAAACUUGCUUAUUCAUUCCUACUUUAAAUCUGGAACUCUAGCGACUGCAUCUCAAGGUUCAGGGAGUGGUAUAGUUAUGUACAAGAACAACUUAUACUACAACUGCUAUCGAAAUCAAUACAUGUGCAGACUUAACGUUGAUACUUUAGCCUUAGAAAAGAGCAUACUGACAGGAGCAGGCUAUUCUAACACAUAUCCAUACAGCAGCUCAGUGUACCAGGACAUGGAUUUUGCUGUUGAUGAGCAAGGACUGUGGGUGAUAUACGCCACCAGUGCGAACGGGGGUAACAUUGUCAUUUCCAAAAUCAAUGAAGCUGCCUUUUUGGUUGAAAAAACAUGGAAUACUAACAUCUUCAAAAAAAUUGCUAGUAAUGCUUUCAUGAUAUGUGGAGUUCUGCAUGCAACUCGCUCAACUGGGAGUGAUACUGAGGAAGUGUUUGCCACAUAUGACACAAAAACCAGCACAGAAGGCAUUGCAAGUAUUAGAUUUUCAAGGCCACUCAUAGAACUCCACAGUCUUAGCUACAAUCCUAAGGAUCACAAACUUUAUAUGUACAGCAAAGGUUACCUCAUCAAUUAUAAUGUGCAUUUUCAUCCAAAGUAAUAUAAGUAAAAGUUUCUGGUUUUGAGGUAUACACUAAAAACACACACAAAAAAACAGUCUGAGUUUAUUAUAAUAUAUCUGAUGUGAAUA